AUGAGCUCUUUCAAGAACAUCGCCCUCCUUGGCAAAGGCCUCCUGGGAACCGCACUUGUCAGUGAACUCUCCAAAGCCGGCUUCAUUGUCACAGUAUUCGGUCGUUCCGAGUCUGCCAAGGAAGGUCUUCCUGCUGGCAUAGAUUUCAAGACGAUCGACUACUCCUCCACCGACACCGUCGCCACGGCUGUUCAGGGGCAGGAUGUCAUUGUCUCGACGGUCAGCAAGGGCGGCCUCUUCACGCAGAAAACCGUCAUCGACGGCGCUAUCAAGGCUGGCGUCAAGCGCUACAUUCCUUCCGACUGGGGCUCCUUCACGACCGACCCCAAGGCGCAGAUCGAGCUCGCCGGCCUGAUGAAGCCCAUGACUGAUACGCAGAAGUACCUCAAGGACAAGGUUGGCGGGAUCGAGCACACGAUUUUCUCCGUCGGCGCCUUCACCGAUCUGGUCAUCAGCUCCCCCAUCAUUUUUGACUAUGCGAAGAAGACGGCCCAGGUCACGGACGCGGGCCACGUCCGCUUCGCCAGCACCAGCCUCGCCGGAAUCGGCAAAGCGGUCGCAGGCGCCUUGAAGAACCCGGAGGCGACCAAGAACCGUAACCUCAAGAUCCAAGAGUUCGAGGUCACUCAGGCGCAGCUGCUCGCCCUCGCCAAGAAGUACUCGCCCCCCGGCACCAAGUGGGAGGAGACCGCUCUCGAUGGGCAGGUCGAGCUGGACAGGGCUCUGAAGGCCGUCCAGGACGACCCUACCAACGAGUACAACAUGUUUGGUCUCAUCAAGGCUGCCCUCCUGAGCGGCCGAUACAAGGCCAGUUACGAAAAGCUUGAUAACGAGCUUGUCGGUCUCCCGCUUCUGACUGAGAAGGACCUGGAUGCCAAGUUCGCCGCCGUGUUCAAGUCUUAG